UCGUGUGCGAGUGUGUGUUUGGAGCAGAGUCAGUUAAUCUAUUGCCAGCUCAACAUAUAGACACCGCCAACAGAUGUUGGCAGUGCGGAAAAUCGAGUGAGCGCAGCCAGAAGCCAAAUACCAGUUGUUUUGGUGCCGAAGAAAAUCGCAGGACUUCCAGAAAAUGUCGCGCCUCCUGUUCGCGGCACUGCUGGCCAUCAGCUUGGGCUGUGUGGCGCCCAGCAGCAGCAGCAACCACCUGCCAGCGGGACUGGCCGUGGAUCUGGGCCCAGGGGUGAAUCUCAACGAGCGCUUCUUCGACCAGGUGCGGGCGCUCAUCAAGCGGAGGAUCCAGGAGAAGGCACUGGCCAAGCCGGAGGAGCAGGAGGAGCUGCCUUUGCCCCUGGCGGAUGACGAUGCGCUGGCCCUGCAGAACCAACGCAGCUACGACAACGUGCCCCUUCCGGCCGCCAGUGUGCCCACUCCGGUGCUCGUCGAGAACUGGCCCACCGAGCAGCACAGCUUCGGCCAGGUCACCGCCGUGGCCGUGGAUCCACAGGGAAACCCCGUGGUUUUCCACCGCGCCGAGCGCUACUGGGAUGUAAAUACCUUCAACGAGAGCAAUAUAUACUACCUAAUCGAAUACGGACCCAUUAAGGAAAACACCAUAUAUGUGCUGGAUGCAAAGACGGGUGCUAUAAAGUCUGGUUGGGGCUCGAACAUGUUCUAUAUGCCACACGGAAUGACCAUAGACUUACAUGGGAACUACUGGAUCACAGACGUGGCCAUGCACCAGGCUUUUAAGUUCAAGCCCUUCAGCAACAAGCCGCUGCUCACCAUCGGCAAGCGGUUUAGGCCCGGAUCAUCCGUCAAGCACCUGUGCAAGCCCACUUCCAUUGCAGUGGCCAAAACGGGGGAGUUCUUUAUCGCUGAUGGCUAUUGCAAUAGCCGGAUACUCAAGUUCAAUGCCGCUGGCAAGCUGUUGCGCACGAUUCCCCAGCCACCCGAAUUCCUCUCACUGCAGGUGCCCCAUGCCAUCACCCUGCUGGAACACCUGGACCUCUUGUGCAUCGCCGACAGGGAGAACAUGCGCGUAGUCUGCCCCAAAGCUGGCUUGAUAUCCUCCCACGGCGAGGGCGAACCCGCGGCCACCAUCCAGGAACCGGACUUGGGUCGCGUCUUCGGGGUCGCCAGCUAUGGCGACAUAGUGUUCGCCGUGAAUGGACCCACCUCCAUGCUGCCCGUGCGCGGAUUCACCAUCGAUCCGCGCUCCGAGUCGAUCAUCGGCCACUGGGGUGAGUUCAAGAACCCGCACUCCAUGGCGGUCAGCGUCAACGGGUCGGCGCUGUAUGUGACCGAGAUCGGAACCAACCACCAGACGAAUCGGGUGUGGAAGUACGUGCUGGCCUGAGCCUAAUCCCAGUCCACCCGACUCGCACUGCGCUCCUGCAUAUCCCAAGAUCCCUAGGUACGAUCCCACUCAAUUAGUUAUCAGCAGAAACAGAAGGACACACAGAGCCAGAAUCAGAACAGAUAAUACAGAACCUAAGCAUAAGCAGAGCCCACCCCCAGUACAGUACAGUUUACGUGACUCGUGUCAGAUCAAUAGAGAAUAGUCAGUGCUUAAGUAAUGUACAAGUUAAGUAUGUAAAUUGCUUGAAAACAAUACCACAACAAACAUAACCUCAGACUCUUAUGUUUUGCACUGUAAUGAGCAAACGAAAAACGAAAUUACAAAGCAGCUUAAAUAGUACAUAUACUUAAUUGUAACAGUUAUGCGUAGGCACUAACUAGGCACGAAUGUGAGGAUUGUGGGGACGUGAGCAUGGAUAACCGAUUCCGAUUCCGAUAUCGUCGACAGCGCAGAUAACCGGGGCAACCAGCAGCGCAUAUAAACAUACUUGUGUAUCAUAUUGUAACCUAUAUCAAAUAUAUAAUCGUAUCUUAUCAACUUAUCGUAGCCCAUGUAAAUUAUGAAUGUAAUAAACUGUUGUUGUUGUGACGAACACAGGG